CAUAUGUAUCCUAAUCCAAGCAGUAGCUUCAACUGAGGGCACGAAAUCUUCAUCGAUGGCGUUCAUUCACCCGCCCGCUCUGCGAAUUCCUCUGUUAACCCUCCGACCUCACUCUUCUUCCACAAGAAUCCUCACAUUCUUCCCCAAACUACUGUUCAAAAACCCUAGGAAUUCCCUAUAUAUCGUUUCCUGCUCGACUCCCAAGGCUAUUCCGGCGACAGAACAAGAAGUCCUCGAUGCCAUCACUGAGUCCGACGAAAAGAGCCUUCCUGCCGUGAGAUCGUUCGAGAACGACUUAGCUCGGCUAACGAUGGUCGGAGCCAUUGAUGUCGAGCAGGCAUUGACGGCCGCUGCUGCCGACGGUGGCAAUACGGCCGACGAGCACAUUGCUUCCGGUAUGGCGGCUAUGGUUGUGGAGACUGUGUUUCCAGGUGCUUCGGACGACCACAGCACAGUCUCGACCAGACUGUUUUUGCCUGCCAGAAAAGUUAAAGAGAAAGCCAAUAGGCUCAGAAGAUCUUUCACUGAAGAUUUUCUGUCAAGCACUACGUCUAAAGACAUUCUUGCCAUGACAUUUAGACAAGUAGUUUUGCAACAGCUUUGGAACUUUGAAUUAGUGUUGUUUAUACCUGGAACUGAAAGGAAUAUGGAGGAAAUUCAAGACUCACGAAAGCAGGUUCCUGCAUCUUUCUCCUUAAGCUCAUCGGAUGAAGGGGUCAUUUCUGUGCUUGCAGAAGUCAUCUGCAUUUCUGCUCUUCAAACCACUGAAAGACACUUCCUUAACAACUUGCUGGGCCAAACUUCAAAUAAUUUCUUCAAAUGGUUUCACAAGCCCAAGAGUGUUGCAUCAAAAGAUUCCUCAGUUAUAAUGUAUGAAUUAUUUGAAGAUGAGAUAGUUGAAAACGCCAAGAAUCUGCUAGAAAAUUUCAAUUCAAUGAAAGCAAAUUAUAAGUGUAUUGAAACAAAAACGAAAUACCAUUGGUGGACAUCUUCAGCAAUCUCUAAAUUGGAGAAGAUUGGUGGUCCUGAGUUCAGUACUUGGACGAGUGAGUAUAUACCUGCUUACAGGCUACAGAUUGACCCUGAUAAACUUAAAAGUGUGAAGUUUGAAGGCUGGAAAAGAUCGGCAGAGAAUAGGUGGGAAGUUCUUCUCACCCACUCUCAAAUGGUUGCAUUGGCCAACAUUCUAGAUAUGUAUUAUGAAGAUCUCUACACGCUUCCUGAUAAACAACUCUUAUGUGGUGCGGGGUUUGCAAAUUUCACCAACUUGUCCAAGAAUAAGAGAGUCUCUUCACUGCUGAAAAUCCUAACUAUUAGCAUUGCAAGUGGAAUUUUUCUCGUUGCCAUCAAUGUUUUGGGUAGACUCUAUUUCCCCCGCGUAAAUGAGGUUGGCAAGGGUCCUGGAAAUCAACCUUCACUUUUGCCAUCUGAAAUUAACUGUAUACAGCAUAAUUCUCUUGAGACUACAAAGAUGGAGGCUUUUUGCAUCUCAAUUGUUAAAAAGAUAAAGGAUGCUUUUGGUUGGUCGGGAGAGAUAAUGGCAGAAUCAAGUGUUGGUGCCUGGACUGGGGAUCUGCCAAUUUACUUGAGGGUGGAUAAAGCUAAUCAUAGUGGUGAAGAUAUUUCAAAUGGUACUGCUCUCCUACAGAGAAGUGACGAAGAAAAGAAAACUUCAACACAAGAUAUUGCUAGUUAUCAGGUGGUCUUGUCAGUUGAUGGUGAGAUAGUCGGAUUCCAACCUACGAGCCGGGUGGCUGUUAAUAAUUGGGCUGUCAAUCCACUAGCAAAAGAGCUGUAUAAAGGAAAAAAGCUUUCACCUGGCCUCUUUGAAACUGGUCUCAAAAUUCCUCGUCCAAAUGAGGUUGUUAUCAUAGACCUGUUAAUGUCAGUAAAUAGCGAUGCCUGUUUUGCAUUGGCCCGACCAGUUCAAUGAGCAUUGCCUGAUGCUUGGACAUGAAGACUAGUUGGUGCAGCUUGUGAAUCCCACGCAGUAUAGGUUUGAUUCUGUCAACUUCAAAUUUGGCUUGUCGAACAAUGUCCUCACAUUAAGUAAGGAGUCCUGUGGUGAUAUCCAAAAGCCCUUAUAUCCUCUAGUCUUCUCCAAUGUUCGACCAUCACUAUGUCAAGAGAUUAAAGGAGUUGUUUCAGAUUUUCUGUCUAUUGAAAUUUAGGGCUGGUUUUUGCUUUUGUGGUUUCUAUUGAUUCAACUACAGUAGGGAAAAGGUGUCCAUGGUUUAUUUCAUAACUAAAUCCUAUUAUUAUCAUCCAAAGUUAGGAAUGAAAAAGUUUGAUUUCUAGUUUUUGUCA